AUGCUUCAGCCAUUGAUGAAUCUUCUCUCUCCAUGUUGGAAGCCGUUCGGGCACGGUGACGAUUCUUCAGCAGGCAUUGUUGGAAGAGAAGGCAAAGACGGAUUGCUUUGGUUUCGCGACAUCGGAAGGUAUGGCUCCGGUGAAUUCUCGAUGGCCGUUGUUCAGGCCAAUCAAAUCCUCGAAGAUCAGAGCCAGAUCGAAUCUGGACCGCUUGGAACAUUUGUCGGCGUUUACGACGGCCACGGUGGACCCGAUGCUGCGCGUUACGUUUGCGAUCACUUGUUCCGCAAUUUUCAAGCGGCAUCGAGUGAGUCACAGGGAGUUGUGACUGCCGAGACAAUUCAAACCGCGUUUCGUUCGACUGAAGAGGGGUUUACUGCCAUGGUUACUGAUUUAUGGAAUACUCGGCCUCAAGUUGCGACUACUGGAACGUGUUGUUUGGUUGGAGUGAUUUUUCAGCAGACGCUUUUUGUUGCAAAUUUAGGAGAUUCGCGUGUUGUUUUGGGAAAGAAAGUUGGGAAUACGGGUGGGGUUGCGGCGAUUCAGCUGUCUACGGAACAUAAUGCGAAUCUUGAGGCUGUUAGACAUGAACUUAAAGAGUUACACCCUCAUGAUCCUCAGAUUGUUGUUCUCAAGCAUGGGGUGUGGAGAGUAAAAGGCAUUAUUCAGGUUUCUAGAUCUAUAGGUGACGUAUAUAUGAAACAUGCACAGUUUAACCAGGAACCAAUUAAUGCGAAGUUCAGACUUCCUGAACCAAUGAACAUGCCUAUCUUGUCUGCUAAUCCAUCUAUUCUUUCUCAUCCUCUCCAACCAAAUGAUUCCUUCCUAAUAUUUGCAUCAGAUGGUUUAUGGGAGCACCUGAAUAAUGAUCAAGCAGUCGAGAUUGUUCAUAGAAGUCCCCGUGCGGGUAGUGCCAAGAGACUUAUCAAGGCUGCCCUGCAGGAAGCAGCUAGAAAACGCGAAAUGCGGUAUUCAGACCUUCGUUCAAUUGACAAGAAAGUUCGACGACAUUUUCAUGAUGAUAUAACUGUUAUUGUUUUAUUCUUAAACUCUGACCUUAUAACAAGAGGUACAGUUCAAAACCCGCCGCUGUCAAUUCGAAGUGCUCUCAAUCACUGA